UUUCAGGACGGAAAAACUACUGCAAAGUCGGUCAGUCGUGCCGGAGUCGUCUGCUCGGCCAGUCGUUUGUCGAUUUAGAAAUUUAAUCAAAAAAUCCCUCAAAUCGAAAAGGAAAAAAGAAUAAGGAAGAAAAAGAAGGAACUUUUUUCUUCGUUUGGUGUCGGCUGUUUCGGUGGGGUUUCUCGUCUGUGUGCGAGUGUGUUUUUAUUGUGUGGGCCGGCAGUCGAGAGAGAUUGAACAUUUUUUUUUCUAACUUAUUGGCUACUUGGAAAAAAGAAUUGAUUGAAAACUGCUUCAAACUCGAUCAAGGAAUACAUACAAAAUUGUGACUUGUGUGUGGGUGGUGCCUUUUUAACUCAUUUUUCGAUCCCCCUGCAAUUUCUUGGGGAGGAAAAAUUCAAGUCGAAUAUCAUUAUUUUGUAUCGUCUGAAAUAAUAAUCCAGCGGUGAUUAUCUAAAAUCUUCAAUCAUGGCGGAGUACGGUCGUGCGGAUUCGUACCGGACGGCUACCACAGCCACCUUACCCGAUGACUGCCUCCGAGCCGAUGGUGCUGCCAAGUAUCGGCGAAAGGAUGCGGCUCCUGGCAAGAAAGGACCCAAAAAGGGCAAAGACAUGAACGAGUUGAAGCAGGAAUUGGACAUCGACGACCACAAGAUUCCCAUCGAGGAGCUCUACCAACGACUGGGCACCAAUCCCGAGACGGGCUUGACUACAGCGCAAGCUAAGGCCAUCUUUGAGCGCGACGGCCCCAAUGCCCUGACGCCGCCGAAAACGACGCCGGAAUGGGUGAAAUUCUGCAAGAACCUCUUUGGCGGAUUUUCCAUGCUUCUCUGGGUCGGAGCCAUCCUUUGCUUCGUCGCCUAUUCGAUCGAAGUCAGCACCGAAGAGGAUGUCCUCGGCGACAACUUGUACUUGGGCAUCGUUUUGACGGCCGUGGUGGUGGUGACGGGCGUCUUCUCCUACUACCAGGAGAGCAAGAGCAACAAGAUUAUGGAGUCGUUCAAGAACAUGGUGCCGCAGUACGCCGUCGUGGUGCGCGAGGGUCUCAAGCAGACGAUGAAGGCCGAGGAGAUUUGCAUCGGCGACAUUGUCGAAGUUAAGUUUGGCGACCGCAUUCCGGCCGACAUCCGCAUCAUCGAGGCCCGCAGCUUCAAGGUGGACAACUCGUCGCUGACGGGCGAGUCUGAACCGCAGAGCCGCAGCAGCGAAUUCACCAACGAAAAUCCGCUCGAGACCAAGAACUUGGCUUUCUUCUCCACCAAUGCCGUUGAAGGUACCGCUCGCGCCAUCGUCAUCAGCAUCGGCGACAACACGGUGAUGGGUCGCAUUGCUGGUUUGACAUCCGGUUUGAGCUCUGGAGAGACGCCCAUCGCCCGUGAGAUUGCCCAUUUCAUCCACUUGAUUACGGGAGUGGCCGUCUUCCUCGGCGUCACUUUUUUCGUCAUCGCCCUCAUCCUUGGAUACCAGUGGCUGGACGCCGUCAUCUUUCUCAUCGGCAUCAUCGUGGCCAACGUGCCGGAAGGUCUCCUCGCCACCGUCACCGUCUGCUUGACGCUGACGGCCAAGCGCAUGGCCAGCAAGAACUGCCUGGUCAAGAACUUGGAAGCCGUCGAAACUCUUGGCUCGACGUCCACCAUCUGCUCAGACAAGACGGGCACUUUGACUCAGAACCGGAUGACCGUUGCCCACAUGUGGUUCGACGGGCAGAUUAUCGAGGCCGACACUACUGAAGAUCAAUCCGGUGCCCAGUACGACAAGACGAGCAGCGGCUGGAAGGCUCUCUCCCGCGUUGCUGGACUGUGCAGCCGCGCUGAAUUCAAGCCCGGCCAGGACAACAUUCCCAUUUUGAAACGCGAAGUCAACGGCGAUGCCUCUGAAGCCGCUCUGCUCAAGUGCAUCGAGCUGGCCACUGGCGAGGCCAUGGCCAUCCGGGCCCGCAACAAGAAGGUGUGCGAAGUUCCGUUCAACUCAACCAACAAGUACCAGGUGUCGCUGCACGACAAUGAGGACAAAAACGACGGCCGCUACUUUUUGGCCAUGAAGGGAGCGCCCGAGCGUAUCCUGGACGUUUGCUCGACGAUCCUGCUCAACGGCGUUGAGAAGCCGCUGGACAACGAGAUGAGGGACGCUUUCAACACGGCCUACAUGGAGCUGGGCGGUCUGGGCGAGCGAGUCCUGGGCUUUUGCGACACUCUCCUGCCCCUGGACAAGUUCCCCAAGGGAUACGCUUUCAACGCUGACGAUCCCAACUUCCCGCUGAGUGGACUCCGCUUCGUCGGACUCAUUUCCAUGAUUGAUCCGCCCCGCGCUGCCGUGCCCGACGCCGUCGCCAAGUGCCGUUCCGCCGGAAUUAAAGUCAUCAUGGUGACUGGUGACCACCCCAUCACUGCCAAAGCCAUCGCCAAAUCCGUCGGCAUUAUCUCUGAGGGUAACGAAACGGUCGAGGACAUGGCCCAGCGGCUCAACAUCCCCGUCGAGGAAGUGGACAAGCGUCUGGCCAAGGCGGCCGUCGUUCACGGCGGUGAGCUCCGAGACAUGGACAGCGACGACUUGGACGACGUUCUACGCAACCACACUGAAAUUGUCUUUGCCCGCACGUCGCCCCAGCAGAAGCUCAUCAUCGUCGAGGGUUGCCAGCGGCUGGGCGCCAUCGUGGCCGUCACUGGUGACGGUGUCAACGAUUCGCCCGCUCUCAAGAAGGCCGACAUUGGUGUUGCCAUGGGUAUCGCCGGCUCUGACGUCUCGAAACAGGCGGCCGACAUGAUUUUGUUGGACGACAACUUUGCCUCGAUCGUGACGGGCGUUGAGGAGGGCCGUCUCAUCUUUGACAAUUUGAAGAAAUCCAUCGCCUACACGCUGACUUCCAACAUCCCCGAGAUCUCGCCCUUUUUGCUCUUCAUCUGCUGCGACAUCCCCCUGCCGCUGGGCACCGUCACCAUCUUGUGCAUCGAUUUGGGUACCGACAUGGUCCCAGCUAUUUCCCUAGCCUACGAGGAGGCCGAAUCGGAUAUCAUGAAACGUCGGCCGAGAAAUCCAUUCACCGACAAACUGGUGAACGAAAGGCUGAUUUCCAUGGCCUACGGCCAAGUCGGCAUGAUCCAAGCAUCGGCUGGCUUCUUUGUCUACUUUGUCAUCAUGGCCGAAAACGGAUUCCGGCCCGACUUGCUCUUCGGCAUCCGCAAGAACUGGGACUCGCGUGCCGUCAAUGAUCUCCAGGACUCGUACGGACAAGAAUGGACUUACGACGCCCGUAAGCAAUUGGAAUACACCUGCCACACGGCCUUUUUCGUGUCGAUCGUCGUGGUGCAGUGGGCCGAUUUGAUUAUUUGCAAGACCCGACGCAACUCGAUCGUCCACCAGGGCAUGCGCAAUCACGUCCUCAACUUUGGCCUCCUGUUCGAGACGGCCAUGGCAGCCUUCCUUUCGUACACGCCCGGCAUGGACAAGGGUCUACGCAUGUACCCUUUGAAGAUCAAUUGGUGGCUGCCGGCCAUUCCUUUCUCGAUAUUGAUCUUCGUCUACGACGAGUGCCGUAAAUUCAUCCUGCGUCGCAAUCCAGGCGGAUGGGUCGAGCGAGAGACGUACUAUUAGAAAACGUCCGGAGAAGCCAAGCGACAAAAGGGGAAGAAAUGAGAAGAAAGAGCAGCAACACUCGACCGUCAUCAAGAGGCGAAGCUUACAGCGUUGCGACCUGCCAAUUCAUUUAAUUAGCGAAAAAUUGAAGGAUCCCUCCACCUCCCGCCACCCAACACACACCGCCCCUCCUCCACACCGCCCUAUUUGAAUCUCUUAAAACGAAAGGGUAUUUUUUCUUUUCAUUUCAUUUCUCUUUUUUAAAUUAAAAGCUGAAAUUCGCUAUGACACAUUUUCACACACACAUACACAUAAAACACGGUGGGUUCAAACAAAAAAACAAUAAGUUAAAUUUAACACCCACAUCGCAUUUUUUGACACAAUUGUCUCUCGCUGUCGGUCGGGACUCUAAUCGCAGUGCAAUUUUGGGACUGGACCGACUUGAUGGCGUUUGUCAUUUGUUUUUUCUCUCUCUCUCUCUUUGGCCCACCCAUCUCCCUCCCUCCUGAAUCUCUGAAAUUCUUUUUGCAGGUAGACAAUAACAAAGAAGUAAAAACAAAAAAGAAAUAAAGAAACCAGACAAAAAAAAUAAUCAUGACGCCAAUCUUUUGAGUGUGUACAGAGGGACGUACUUGCGUUGUUGGUUGUUGUUUUUAUUAAUGAUCAUGUUUUUUUUUCUCGUGUGUGUUUUCUAUGGCUUUCGAUUAAUUUUUCUUUCAUUUUUUUUUUAAAUCACGGAAGAAAAUUUGAAUCUCCCGCGCUGUCCCCGAAAAAAAAAUUUACCCGAUGACCUUAAAAAACAAAAAUCCGACUCCCACCGACACCCCACCCACCUUUAAAAUUUCUCUUUUCAUUUGAACAUUUCAAAAAUGCCGGAUGUGUUCCCCCCCCCCUCAAAUGCUUAUUUGUCUCCCUCUAUCGCUUUCCAUGCAAAAAUUCUGUCGUGUCUUUUCUGUCUCUUUCUAUAUCUCUUCUUUCCCCCGACUAUUUCUUUCUCCAUCAUCUCCAAUUUCACACAGCGUUUCAUCCGACAUAUUUUGGGAGGGGAGGAACUUGGAAGUUCUUUUUUUUUUUUUGUCCUUUUUAGAAACAAAACAAAAUACGAAAUAAUCGAACGUAAUGUUUUACGCCAUUUCAACUGGGGAGGGCGAGAGGAAAACAGCCAAUGUAGAAGGAAAGAAGAAAAACAUGUGAAGUAUUAAAACAAAAAGAUCAAGAGAGAAAAAGAAGAAAUCCCGUAGUACAAGUAGCUAAAAAAAAAAAUUACAAAAAAACGCCGUCUGUUGUCUCGGAGGCAUUUAUUAAAGCAAAAAAAAUGUAACAAAAAAAAUAAGUUUUUUGAUGUAUAUCAGUGGAUUGAAUCUACCGUUGUUGAAUUUUUUCACACACCCGCCCCAACUCUCUCUCUCUCUAUCUCUCUCCAUUUCUACCUACUACUAUUCUCUUUUGAUGAUGAUUUACCUAUGAGGAAUUCGUCGCCCUGGGCGUUUCCCACCCAUCCUUCCUCUUUUUAAUUGAUUGCAAUUAAUUUUCUUAAUUCGUCCAGCAAUUUACAUAUGAAUUAUCUUUUUUUUUGUUCUUUUAUAAUCCUCCAUCCAAACACCCACCACCCACCUUCUCGUUUACCUUCUUAUCUCUCUCUCUUAUUUUGCGGAAACGUCAUGUAGUUAUAGAAACGGAACGAAAAUAAUAAGAGAGAAAAUGGCCGAAAAUGUCGUCGUACAGCCAUUGAAACAAAAAAAGAAAAGAAAAAUCAAACAAAAUCUUGUCGACUGAUUAUUUGUUCCAUUCUCAAUUUUCUUUUUCCUCUUCAAGGGUUGCAGCUGAAAAAAUUUAGACUAAUUCAUAUCUCAAAUCCUCUAAAUUUUUCCUAGUGAUUCGAAAAAUAUAUGACUUGACUCUCUACCCGAGUCUGGGUAAAGUUGAAGAGAUCCAGAAAUUAUUAUUAUUUUUUUUAAAUUAUUAUUAUUAUUAUUAAUUUUUUCCCCCUUUAAUUGGAUGCAGCUGCCCCCUCCCAAUGCAUUUAAAAUUUUUCUUUUCCUUUUAAUUUUCAAUGUUUCUCGUAACCGUUUUGAUUCUCUUGUUCCGAUUUUCUUUAUUCAAACCUGAUCUUGACGAACCCUGCCUGGAUUAUUAUUUUUUAAUAUUUAUCAUUUCAUUUUCUCUUUUAUAAAAUCCUUCUCUUCUAUCUCAAUCGAUUUACUUGCUGGCGUAGCUGGGGUACCCUCAAACAUAUUCUCUCGUCUCUCCAAUGGAUCGAUCCCAACCAACAGGAGAAAAUCUAAACAAAAAACCAAUUCAGAGCCAGAACACAUUCGUUUGUUUGCGUAAAACACGUUCAGAAGAAGUAAUCAAAUAAGUAUUUACACACACAAACAAUAAAUAAGUUCAAUCAAGUUAAUCCAAGUUAUCCAACCCUCCCACCACAUUCUAUGAGACAGAUUUUUAAUUUCAUUUUUCUCUCUCUUUUCUAGCUUACAAUUCUUUAAAUAGGGACAAAUAAUUCGUUGGGUCGGAAUUCUUCUUCCAUUUGUUUUUGCCUUUUGAAUCCAACGACUUACAACCGCAUACUGAUCCAACUGGUGGCAAACGACUGCAUCUCCUUGUAUAAUUAAAAUCAAUAUUAGAGCCCGCGAGACAUUCCAGUCGACAAUUCAAGAAAAAGAAAUUAGAACUUUCCUUCUUUAGAAAUCUCGAAUAACUUAAGCAAAUAUUUAGAGAAUGAAAAACCAAAGUCUCCCAACUCAUCUCACACAUUCACACCGUUGAUUUAGGCAAGACAUUGGCGAGAGAUGGAUCCUUCAUAUUCAUUUCGCAAUCAGCAAUUUCAUGUCCCGCGAAACACACAAAAAUUCUAAUAGCUUUCCCCGUUUCGUUUCCCAGAGAAAACCAAACAAAACUAAAUUUACUGCGUUGCAAUAAUCGUGUUCAUCAUCUCUCUCCCCCCCCACACAUCAUCUUCCCGUGUGUGACAAGUGUGUACGAUCGAUCAUCGACUCGAUCGGGAACUUUCUCUCUUUUAUUUUGGGUUCUUUUCUUUACUUCCUCCUUUUUCUUCUUCUUCUUCUAGACCCUCACGUUCCCGACAUGUUUCAGCAUCUUCUUUCUUUCUCCCUAUCGAUCGAUAUCUUUUUAUCAUUUUCCUUUAUGGCCAUUUUACGUCGGGUCCCGUUUAGAUCUUCCACCAAAAAUAAGUAGAGGUCUCCCAAAAUCUCAACAUUUUCCAUUUUUCGAUUGUUUGUUUUUUCCUACUUUUCGGUUUAAUUCCUCUCGUUUUUUGGGCCCGUGGUUUCUAUGGAAGAAGU